GACCCAAGCGUCAUUACAGGGUUAAUUGAGAUUUCUGCAUUUACUAACACCAGUAUGUGCUUCUUUCUCUUGUGCCUCGCGUAAUUCCAUUUUCUCGGGAAUAUAGAAUGAGUGAUUCACAUUAAUUCUAGCAAGUGUAAUUGUUGCAUCUCUGAAAGCCCUUGAAUUAUAGCGUGUGAGUUGUAAAAAGGGGGACAGUUUGUGGAUGCCAAAGAAGCAUCAGUUUUUGUUUGAGUAAAUUCCUCUGCGCCUUGGACGUUUUCUUUGGUGAAAUAUUUGCAAUUUCGCAAAAGAAAAUGAGUGGAAAUCGCGAUAGAAUACGUGAUCCGCGAGAAGAGAUUCUACUGGAGACGAAUUUUGACGAAGAUGGGGCCCUUACGAGGGCGUACAACAAUAACAAUAGCAAUCCCACAAGGAGGCAAAAUUCCAUGCGAUCCGAGUAUUCAGUGGAUCGAUAUUCAACAGCUUCUCUGCAUGGAAAUCGAAGGAAAGGUGACUGCUGCAAAUCAUGCAUGACACGAAUCCCCUAUGCUACCCUUAUUGCUACUGUGAUGUGCCUGAUUGGCGUAGUUGUAUUCUGUGGGACAAUGUACAGGGGUACAAGUCUCACGGUAAUAAUGCUAGAUCAGGUAUUUCACAUUCGUCUGCUGUGGAUUGAGGCAGUUCAGUUGAUUUUUGUCAUCAUUGGUGCAUCAAUGGGUGCCCUGGGUUUCAUGAUUCUCUUCGUGGGAUUCCUGGCCACGGGUGCAACGCGAUAUAAAGUAUACCGGGCCUGGAGAUCGCGUGUUGGAGGUCGUAUUUCAUGUGCAGUCUUUAUGGGUAUCACCUACAUCCUCAAUAUUGUGUGGAUCUUGAUUUUGUGCUUCCUGGCCAUUGUCACUUUUGUCUUCACCAUUUUCUGGAAUAUGUGCUCAACACCUGAUGUCCAAUCACACAAAUCCUGCAUUGACUUCACGCAGUUCUACUUUAUGUUCCCGGAUGGAACACCACAGGAACGCAUGAAGGUGUGCAAGGAGUUCGAAGUGAAAGCCUUCUGCAAGGAUGCAGUUGAAACGGCUGAAAUAAUGUUCAUUCUGGCCUUUGUCUCGUGCCUCCUUAUCAUUCUCAGUCUUGUCCACUAUCUCAUGUGUCUAGCUGCCAAUUAUGCUCAUAUCAGAGAUCAUGAGAAAUUCCAGGAACUGCAGGAAAUGCAAAAUCUCAAUGAUAUGGAAUAUAGUGCAGCUAGCAAAGAGAGAUUCUAGGAUACGGCUCGUGGGAAUUAUGCUGGGUAUCCUGAGUACAAUGUUUGAAGGAUCCUUUUGUUUUGGAAGACUUUCCCCUUUGGUUUUAUUUGAAGAACAAAACAGCCUAUUUUAUUUUUGCAUGCACAAAAUAUCAUUCCUAACAUAUCCGUCCAACACGAGGUUUCAUUUUACUUUUAUUAAUUGAUCAUUUCUGAGUACUCAGCAUAAUUCUCUCGAGGUCGUCAGUUAAGCCAGAUUUUUACAAAAAAUAUAUUUUUUAACUAUACAGAAAAAAACACCCCACAAAAAAUAGAAUUAACACAUUCCAUCAAAGUAUUUCAUCCAAUUAAAGAUAGUAUUUGUAAUAAGUGUAAGAAUAAUUGCAGUAUUUUUGCUGGAAACAUACAAAAUAAAAAUGUAAAUGUAGAAUUUCCCCUCAAAAAAUAUAAAUUACAAUUACAGCCUAAUGUGAAGCAAAAAUUCCACAAAAUAUGAUGUUAGUAGAAAAUAAAAUAUAAAGUAAAAGCACAAAUUUUUGAAGAAAAAAUAAAGAAAAUAUUAGAAAUUAGACCUAAGCGACAAAUACUGCCCAAUUUUAUCAAUAUUAUAUAUAAAUUAUAUAUUUUCCACCAAUUAAAAAAAAAGAGACAUUACGACGAAAAAUCGAAGACUUGUAUCCCUUGAAUGUAAAUCAAAAAAUGAUUUUUAAAAAAUAUUUAUAGAUGUAGAGAUGUAAGAAUUUAUUUGUAUUAGAUUAAAAAUCUAGAAUUGAUGCAAUUUACGUGGACAAUGAAAAUGUAAGAAGGAAAACCCCAUUAUCGAUUUUUAUGAAUUUAUUCAAUAAAUUUGUACCCAAAACUA